AUGGAUGAUGCGGCCUCGGACGACCUUCAACUCUCGGGAUUCGGGCAUGAAGAAGAGUUCAUGAACGUCCUAAAAAGCUUUCUGGAUGAGAAUACGCAAAUUAAUCCUCUGACAGCUGUAGGGAAUGAUGCCUCACCACAACUGUCGCGCUUGACUUCCAUACUCGAUGAAUAUCAAGAGCAACCGUAUCUGCUGGACCCUUUCCUAAACAAGAUGGUUGAGCCCGUCGUAGAGGAGCUCAAGAACGUUAUUCGCAUUGUUAUUGAAUACGAAGAGAUUAACGAGCAAAAAACUACACGUUUGUAUCAACUUGCCACAUUGAUGUACUGGUACUCGAAGACCAGGGGAAUGAAAUCGAUUGUCCCAUUCUUUCCUCACACUGUCCAGGAUCUUCCAUUGGCCCUUCGCUUUGCGGAAGAAAAAGAAGUAUUUCUAUCAAAAUCUGAAUCAUGGGGGCUACGAUAUGUCACCGCCAUGUGGUUAUCUUUGAUUUGCAUGAUACCCUUCGACUUGGCGCGUUUUGAUGAACCGGAUGCUCAGUUUGAACGCCUAACAGCCAAUCGACUUGAUAGUAUAGGAAAACGUUAUCUCACUUAUCCAGGUAUUGAACGCGAAUCGGCUGCCAUGCUUUUGGCUCGGCUUUACAUGAGAACAGAUAUGCUUGCUCAAGUUCCGAAUCAUAUAGACUGGGCUGUCAAAAGAAUUCAAGAAGGCGCCAGCACAUUUGAAGUAAUAGGAAUCAUGCAAAUCGCUGCGAUAUUGAUGAAAGCUGGUGGUGCUGGGCUGGUACUACCGUAUAUUGACUAUUUUCGUGGCCUAAUCGAAACGCUUGGGUCUACAGACGCGAGCGCAAAUUUGUUGACGAGAAACUUAACAAAAGACACGAUAGUACGCAAGUACAGAAUCAAGUUAAUAGUUCGUUUGGCAAUGUGCGAGCUCCCUGGGAAACCACGCAAAGUCAACAUUCAGAAUCGGGCGCUGGUUCUACCUGGGACUGGAGCUGAAGCCGGAUGCGAUAGUGCUGAUUCAGAGUAUAAUGUACCGAUUCCGGAAUCCAUGGAAGAAGUUGUCGAGCAACUUAUAGCAGGUGUCCAGGAUCAAGAUACUUCAGUCCGCUACUCAUCUGCAAAAGGCAUUGCCCGUGUCGCCUCGCGUCUGCCAGAGGCUUUCUCGGACGAGAUCGUAGACGCUAUUACGACUUUAUUCUCGGUUCACGGAACGAAUCCCGAUGAUAAUACACUGGAUCUCCCGCCUGCUGCAGAAAUGACAUGGCACGGGGCUUGUUUGUCUUGUGCCGAGCUUGCUCGAUUUGGAAUGAUUUCCGCCAGUAGAGUCAAAGAUGUUGUUGGAUGGAUUUGCAAGGCAGGCUAUAACCGUAACGAAACAGGGCCCUCUCGUUUGAUGUACGCAAAGGUGCCCACUCAGUGGGGUCAAGUGUUCGCGAUUCAGCCUCAUAUGUUUUAUGGGCGCUCGUCAGAGCUCAAAGCGGAAGUACACGUUCGCCGUGCUGCUAGCGCAGCAUAUCAGGAAGCAGUUGGACGUACCGGCGCCAUUCCUCAUGGAAUAGAUAUUCUUCGAGCGACCGAUUUUUAUGCUGUGAGUAUCCGCCGGAACGCAUUCCUUGUUGCAACGCCCCAAGUAGCCACAUAUGAGGAGUACCGAAGACCUCUCAUUGUACACAUCAUGGAUACAACCCUUAAACACUGGGAUCCAAAAAUGAGGGCUCUGGGAUCUCAAGCUUUAGGAGCAGUGUGUAGUGUCGACCUAAAUACCCUCGGACCUCAGGUUGUUUCAGAACUUCGUCCCAGACUACGUUCUAUUGAUACAAACGAAGUACAUGGAGCACUUCUUAGCAUCGCAGAAGUAUCUAAGGCCUUUAAAGAUCAAGGCUACGAGAAUGAACGGCUCCAGUGUUUCAAACAGCUUUCAGCUCUUCCCAGUGCCGCGUUUCAUAAAUUCAGGGGUGACCUGAUAGCAGAGGCUGCAUGCUAUCUCGUUGCCGAAAGUAUAUCCCUAACGGCCGUUGGCCUUGCACCUGCUGAUGGCGUACCAAAUUGGAGAUACAUCAUUCUGGACAAUGGGUUGAAACACCAGAACGAAGCAGUACAAAUUGCUGCUUCAUCUGCACUAUCUGUCAUCAGCGGGCUCAUGGACUGUGGCCAGGAGGUACAGGCCUUUGUUCGAGAGUUUCAAGCGAAGAACGCCGGUCCGAUCACACAGUGCAGUAUAUCCCGAGUAUUGGGUGUUUUGGCAUAUGACAAGUUCGAUAACGGAAUGGGUGUUGCAAUUGAGUGCCUAAUAGGUGGCCUGACGAAGAAUAAUGAGACUUAUUCUGAGUCAAUUGAAGCACGCAGAAAUUGCAUAGCAUCACUAUCUGAAAUCAUAGCCAAAACCCUGGGGUCUCUGCGCGCGCUACCUCCUUUGAUUUUCAGGCGAAUAUAUGCGACAGUUCUUUCAGGGUUUGAAGAUUACACUGUGGACCAAAGAGGGGAUGUUGGGUCUUGGGUGCGGAUGGCGACGCUACGGGCUAUUGCAUCAAUAUCCCAAGUUGUUUUUCGCAAUCGCAAUCGCAUUGAGCCUUUUGGAGAGUACCUUCCUCUAGAUUUAUGGCAUCAAGCAAUUGGAGGCGUGCUUAGACAAGGAGUGGAAAGGUUGGAUAAUGUCCGUGCGGUUGCAGGAGAACAAUUGAUGCACUUGAUAUGGAGCGAUGAUAUUCGCAGUCAUGCAUCUGGCCUAUGGGAAGUUCCAGGAUUAAAUCAACUUGAAAAAGCUUUCCCAUUUGACCAGUCAGUUCCUUGGAAUGUCGGCGAGUGGCUAUUCCCUCGAGUACCACCUCUACUAGAUAUAUCCGCAUAUCGCAAAGUACUCCUUCUAGGUAUAAUCACAAGUUUGGCGAGCCGAAAUGAGAGCGCGCAACUUCCCCUAGCCGAUGCCCUAUGUGCAUAUGCCAAUGCGCUUCCCAUAUCACAUGAAUCAGAAACGACAGACAAAUGGAGCUUGCUGGGCCUAAUGGACUCCCUUUUAGAAACCGGCCGCGCCAAUACCUCGGCAAAUAGCAUUAUGAUUCCGCUGCUCAAAACGAUUGAUAUCUUAUUUGGGGGCGAAGUACUUGGAAGGCUUUGCUCUAACGAUGAUGGCGUUAAGAGGUUAAUUUCAGCUCUCGAAUUGGCAGGAAAGGGGGCUGAAAGGCUUAAAAACGUAGAACGCAUCACUGCAGCAAUGAAAGUCGUUGUCGACUUUGUUGCAUUGGCUCCUACGGGAAGCUUGGCCAGUAAAUACGUUGAGCUAUUCUUGGGCCACCGGUUCCCUCGGGUUAGCGCGGAUACCGCAGAAGCGCUGUACCUACUUAUGCAAACACAAGAUCUUGACGAGCCGGACGGACUUGAGGCAGUGCUGCUUCAAACGGCUUGGAUAAAUGUGGACGAACAAACUCGCAGGGAAAAGGCAAAAGAAGCAAUUAAUUUAUUGCAUACAGUCAUUGGAGAAUAA